AUGUCCACUGAGCAGACUCUCGUCAUGUACUCAGGUCAUCCACUUGGUCUGUUCCCAAGCCAUAGCGAUGCCCCACGGGUGACCAUAACCAAUGGAAUGAUGAUUCCAAACUACUCCACAAAGCCGCUAUACGAUAAAUAUUUCGCCUUGGGUGUCACGCAGUAUGGGCAGAUGACAGCCGGCAGCUACUGUUAUAGCCGCAGGCCAUUGUCCAUGCACGACGAUCAACAUUUGAAUCGGGCGACGUAUCUUGGACGGGGUGAACCUUAA